AGCUUGUUAGUGCUCACGCCCGUACCUGUAGCACAAGACACCUGUCACACACAAGAACCUACAAAGAUACGCACACACCCACUUUUCAACUGGCGCAUUUGAGCAGGACACUACACUGCUACGAGACCAUCUGGAUAAUAAAGUGAGACCAGUGCCUUUUUGGAUACUUUCUGUAUUAAGGUGGACUGAUAAGAACCGGUAAAGAAGUGAGAGAAAAUCAAAUCAUGUCAACUGAGGGGGAAAAAGCAACUGUGUUCCGUACCACGAAGGUCAGGACCAAGCUGAAGGGUGACUUAAGCUGGAUGAACCGCAACAAUGACGCUGAGGAUGAACCUGCAGAAGAGAAGCCAUGGAUGGCAGAAAUAAGGGCCAGACGCCAGAACGGAGCAACAUCUAGUCCGGUGUCUUCACCGACUUCUACUGCACCAAAAGCACGCACCAAGUCUGACAGUGAAAAAUCGCCAUCCUCGGGAUUUAUGAUCAGGGGUGUUUUCAACAAGCCCGUUUCAUCUUCUACGAGUACUUCCAAUGGCAUUAGUGGGACAUCGAAAGUCACCAAAACACAUUCGGACAGCUACAAGAAAAUCGCUCCCCACACGGUGAAGUCCUCUACUGAGGAGCUGGACAGCAAGAUUAGCAGUGAGGAGCAGUUGAAACGCACGGCAGCAGCCAGCAAAGUCCUGGACAAAUCUGCACCCAGACAACGGUCUUAUGUGCUCUCUGCCGCAAAGAAAUUUGAGGCUCAAGCAGCUGAAAAUUCAGAGACCAAAGAAUCACGCUCAUUUGUGGCAAAAAGGGUGGAGAUUGAAGAUGAUGCCUCCGUGAGCCCUGUUCUCCCCUCCCCAGUCAUCCCCAUCACAUCUGUCGCAUUUGUGCCAGAACCAGCCAAGACAGAAACCAUAGUCAGCUCGAGCGUCAAGACAACCGUCGUCACUGUUAAUGAGCCUCCAAAAGCGGAGGUGGCCCCCCCUGAACCUGUGAAAGAAGACCCCCCUCGAAUGUCUGCUGUGAACAAGGACCCGUUGGAGGACAUGAAACCGGACUGCACCAAGGUGGCCGCUCCCCUCCCCGAACUCAUCACCGAUUAUCUUCACGUUGUUUCCACCCAUUCAGAACACAAUGAUUCAGAAGCUCCCGACACUCAUCUCGUCACAAUCAAUGAAGAACCAGAGCUUUUGGAAAACUCAAGCUCGAGAGUUGAAACGCUUACCGCCAUGUAUGAAAACCUCAUUCCUAAUGACUCAAACUCCACCAGCUUGAGGGAUGAUGAGCCAGGGCUGGCAAAGGAAGAGGAAGGCUCUGCGGACGCUUGCUCAGAGGAAGGAAAGGAGCAGUAUCCAGAUCCAGUUCUCAGCAACCAUGAAGCAAGAACAGAGGAUCUCUUGAAUCUCACUUCUGGUCAAGAAGAACCUGAAGAGCCUGCUCCCCCCAGCCCCGUCCGUUGGAGUGAGGAUCUGCACACUGAAUUUGAAAGUCAAGAAGAACCUGAAGAGCCCGCUCCCCGCAGCUCUGUCCGUUGGAGUGAGGAUUUGCACACUGAAAUUGCACGUCCAGAAGAACCUGAGGCGCCCGAUCCCCCCAGCCCCGUCCAUAUGAGUGAGGAUCCGCACACUGACUUUGAAAGUCAAGUACAACUUGAAGAACCCGAUCCCCCCAGCCCUGUCCGUUGGAGUGAGGAUCUGCACACUGAAUUUAAAAGUCAAAAAGAACCCGAAGAGCCCGCUCCCCCCAGCUCUGUCCAUUGGAGUGAGGAUCUGCACACUGAAAUUGAAAGUCAAGAAGAACCCGAAGAGCCCGCUCCCCGCAGCUCCGUCCGUUGGAGUGAGGAGCUGCACACGGAAUUUAAAAGUCAAAAAGAACCUGAAGAGCCCGCUCCUUCCAGCUCCGUCCGUUGGAGUGAGGAACUGCACACUAAAUUUGAAAGUCAAGAAGAACCUGAAGAGCCGGCUCCUUCCAGCUCCAUCCGUUGGAGUGAGGAUCUGCACACUGAAUUUGAAAGCAACACAGAGACUGUCACUAUAACCUCCCAAACUGUCACCAUUACUGAGAACAGGGAGGAGCGUGACCUCUUGAGCUCACGUGUGACCACCACCGUGACUGAGUUGAGCUCGACUGAUCCAUUUGAUCCGUACCCGAUAGGGACCACAUCCCGAAACAGCUCCUCUGACCUGCUGCAGCCCCUCUCUGAUAUUUCCAUCAGCAGUUCGCCACAUACUUUCAUGGAGAGGAAAGACCCAGAGAUCAGUCUGAAGAGCCAAAUCCUGGAAUCGCUGGCAGAGGAAGUCAUCCCCAUCGACACCACCGCCACAAGCCUAAGCACUCACCGGUCGUGGGCGCGCACCUGGGAAACCACAACGCCUCUGCAGACCACAACAGAAGAGAGCCAAGAGACUCCAAGAGCAGGCCGACGGGAGGAACAACAGACUCUGGUUACGUUUGAAAGAAAGUCCAAAGAAAAUGACUCGCCGUGGGACAGGUGGACGUCCCCCUCUGUGCAUACUAUCCCUCACGCUACAGAGGAAGUGGAGGAGGAGAGCCUGGAGGACUCGCGGAUGCACACAGUCACAACCAUCACCACCAUCAGGGAGACCUACGGCGAACAGGAGGGGCUGUCGAUGGAUCGGACCGUGCUCGUGGAGGCCCCGCGAACCCCCACACCAGAACCCGACACCAAAAAGCCCUUCGUGUACGUGAAGGAGUAUGUCGACACGACAGAGAUGUCCUCCCAUAAUGCCACAGGCUCACUCAAUAGCUGGUCCUCUUCUUACUCCAGCUCUUUCUCCUCCCCCUGCACGUAUUGUGGACAGCUGGUGGGCAACGAUGCCAAGAUCACCAUAGAGCACCUUAACAUUAACUGCCACCCGCAUUGCUUCAAGUGUGCCUCGUGCUGGAAGCCGAUGGGAGACCUCAUCGACAACAUGUUCCUGCAUGGAGGCAAAGUCCACUGUGAAAGCUGCUAUUCUGCAGCCUUCGAUUGAUCGCAGCGGCUCGUCAUUUGCAUUUAAAGUGAGAAGCGGCCUUCUUCCGCCAAGUUUGGACUGCUUCAAUGCAAGAAAGAUGGAGGUUUGGGGUGAGCCGCGAGACUGUAACGAGCAAUAAAAAUAAUUACUUCCGAUUCUUUUCACGCAAGACAAGAUUUUCAUUGGCAAAACAUGUUUGUGCUCUUCCUCCUGCUGGUGAAGUUGUAACUAAAGGAUUCGUCUGUGCAUCAGAUACAAUUAAGCCCAAAUGUGUUUGUAUAGUGACCAAAUUUCAAGUUUUACAUUUUCAUUUGCUGAAAGGGUGUCUUGUCGCUGGAAAUGAGAGUGGCAGAAGACUCUUAAGACGUUAAGAGACAAUGCAUUUGCCAUUUUCAUUACUGUUUGCCCAAUUCCACUUCCUUCUCAGUAAAUGCAUCUCAAAUAUUUAAAUAAUUCCGAACAAUACGCAAGGAUUGUGCUCGAAGGUACAUUUUUAAUUUUAUUACAUUUUCUACUUGAAACUUGGUCAGAGGAUGUUUCAUUUGGGGCUUAACUGCAAAUCAUAUUCAAUAAGACUGCCACUAUGGGGUACAAUAUUUAUAUUUACUUUGCUUAAAUGUGACUUUCAAAAUACCAUUCUAAACCUGCAAUGAUUCAAAAAAAAUGUUCACUUGUGUGAUGCUUAUUCACAAAAUAAAACCUUUAUCCUGGUAUAAAAAUGUAACAAAUAUAGUGUGCUUGUUUGCGUGUUGUA